GUUUCCCUUGAUCGGAAAACAUUUCCAUGCUUACUUCUGCUGUACUGCAACAAUAUUGUCAAUAGCAGAACACAUGAUGCAAUAAGUAGCAAACACAGUAUUUUGGCAUUCACCAACAUAUAGAUUUAGUCUUCUAGAUCAAGAUAAACAAAACAAAUUCGGACAGACAUGGCGCAGCAGGCAUCAGCAACUGAUGCCAUCAAUUUUGUUGAUGAGGAGGAGAAGACUUUAAAAUUCUGGCAGGAAAUUGAUGCUUUCCAAACAUCUUUAAAGCUUUCAAAAGCUAGACCUAGGUAUGCCUUCUAUGACGGGCCACCCUUUGCUACGGGAUUACCUCACUACGGGCAUAUACUCGCUGGGACCAUCAAAGAUGUUGUUACCAGAUGGGCCUAUCAAAGUGGAUAUCACGUGGAGAGGCGGUUUGGCUGGGAUUGUCAUGGCUUACCUGUUGAGUAUGAGAUUGACAAGACUCUAGGGAUUACAGGACCUGACGAUGUGGCUAAAAUGGGCAUACAGGCUUAUAACAAUGAAUGCCGCAAAAUUGUACAGCGGUACAGCCAAGAGUGGAAGACUAUAAUGACAAGACUUGCACGCUGGAUUGACUUUGAAAAUGACUACAGAACAAUGUACCCCAGUUUCAUGGAGACCAUUUGGUGGGUAUUCAAACAGCUCUACAACAAGGGAUUGGUCUACAAGGGAUACAAGGUGAUGCCCUUCUCAACAGCAUGCAACACACCUCUGUCAAACUUUGAGUCUGGACAGAACUACAAGGAGGUGGUGGAUCCUGCAGUCAUUGUGUCCUUUCCUCUGGAAGAAGAUCCAAAUGUUUCAAUCAUUGCCUGGACGACAACACCUUGGACAUUGCCCAGCAACAUGGCAUGUUGUGUCCACCCUGAGCUUACCUAUGUUAAGGUCAAAGACAAGUCCACCAGCCAUGUAUACAUCAUGAUGGAACAAAGGCUAGGAGCUUUGUUUAAAACAGAAGAGGAUUAUACUAUCCUGGACAAGUUCCCAGGCAAAAAACUGGAAGGGAAAAGAUACAUUCCACUGUUUGAUUACUUUAAGGAGUACAAGCAGCAGACUGGGGCCUUCCGUGUUCUUGUGGACACGUAUGUGACAACAGACACAGGUACAGGUGUAGUCCAUCAGGCUCCCUACUUUGGUGAGGAUGAUCAGAGAGUUUGUCUUGCCAAUGGUGUCAUUACACGUGACAUGAAAAUGGUCUGCCCUGUGGAUCCCAGUGGCAGGUUUACUGAAGAAGUCUCAGAUUUUCAAGGCUUGUAUGUCAAGGAUGCUGAUAAAGAAAUAGUGAAAAAUUUGAAAUCUCGAGGGAGGCUAGUCCACCAGAGCACAACAAAACACAGCUACCCUUUCUGUUGGAGGUCUGAAACACCUCUGAUAUACAAAGCUGUGCCCAGUUGGUUCGUUAGAGUGGAGCAUGCUGUGGACAAUCUAUUAGCAUCAACAAAAGACACCUACUGGGUUCCAGAAUUUGUCAAAGAAAAAAGGUUUGGGAACUGGUUGAAGGAAGCCAGAGACUGGGCAAUAUCCAGGAACAGGUACUGGGGGACUCCCAUCCCUCUGUGGGUCAGUGACGAUGGGGAAGAGGUGGUGUGUGUGGGCUCUAUAGCUGAACUCAAGGAACUGACAGGUGUGGAGAUCACUGACCUUCACAGGGAGUUUGUUGACCCCCUGACCAUUCCCUCCAAAACUGGAAGAGGUGUGUUGCGUCGAGUGACGGAGGUGUUUGACUGCUGGUUUGAGUCUGGCUCUAUGCCCUAUGGAAAGGCCCACUACCCAUUUGAGAACCGCAAAGAAUUUGAAGAUACAUUCCCCGCUGACUUCAUUGCUGAGGGAAUUGAUCAAACUAGAGGAUGGUUCUACACCCUGAUAGUUGUCUCCACACUGUUGUUUGGCAAGGCACCUUUUAAAAAUUUGGUCUGCAAUGGUCUUGUUUUAGCCGCAGAUGGCCAGAAGAUGAGCAAAAGAAAACAGAACUACCCAGACCCCAUGUCUGUUGUACACAAGUAUGGAGCUGAUGCCAUCAGGUUGUAUCUGAUCAACUCCCCAUCAGUUAGAGCUGAGAACCUACGCUUCAAGGAGGAGGGUGUCAGGGAUAUUCUCAAGGACGUCUUCCUACCUUGGUACAAUGCCUUUAGAUUUUUGGCUCAGUAUGUCAAGAUCUGGGAAGAGGAAACUGGGGACAAGAUUGUGGUCAUUGAGAAGAAGCGAGACAUAUCAGACAACUACAUGGACAGGUGGAUCUUGUCCUUCACACAGUCACUGGUCAAAUAUGUCGAGGAGGAAAUGAGAGCCUACCGUUUGUAUACUGUGACUCCACGUCUGGUGAAGUUCAUUGAUCAGCUGACCAACUGGUAUGUGAGGAUGAACAGGAAAAGACUCAAGGGUGACUCUGGUAAAGCUGACAGCAAGAAGGCCCUUGAGACACUGUGUAAUGUCAUCUUUGUCAUCACCAGGAUCAUGGCACCAUUUACACCGUUCCUGACAGAAACAAUCUACCAGGGUUUGAAGGAGAUGGUGGACUUGUCCAGUGAACCUGAUGCUCGCAGUGUUCACUUCUUGAUGCUUCCCAAACCUAGGGAGUUCAUGAUCCAGAAGAAGAUUGAGACAGCUGUGGCCCGCAUGCAGUCUGUCAUAGAGCUGGGCCGCGUGGUACGUGACAGGAAAACUCUGCCACUCAAGUAUCCAUUGAAAGAAGUGGUGGCCAUAGUUAAAGAUCAGGAUUCUAUGGAUGAUCUAAGAUCUUUAGAGAAGUACAUAUUAGAGGAGCUGAAUAUAAGAAAGUUGACCAUUACAAUGGACAAGAACCUGUAUGGCGUCCAGUUAAAAGCAGAGCCUGACCAUAGACAGCUGGGCAAAAGACUUGGCUCAGCGCUAAGUGCAGUGACCAAUCACAUCAAAGCUUUGAAAGAUGAAGAAAUAGAAAGGUACCAGUCUGAAGGAUCACUGGAUGUGGCAGGGCACAAGAUGGAGGAGGGAGACCUGAGAAUCCUGUACCACUUUGACAAGUCUGGGGACACACCACAACACUACGAGGCACACUCUGAUGGAAAGAUCUUAGUUCUGUUGGACAUUGAACCUGAUGAGGCAAUGCUGAAUGAAGGAGUAGCAAGGGAAGUAAUCAAUCGUGUCCAGAAAUUAAGAAAACAAGCCAAGCUGAUCCCCACAGACAACAUUGAAGUGUACUACAAGGCAGCUCAGAAGUUGGUGUCUAUUGUAGAGGACUUCUCAGAGUUCAUCAACUCCACAGUCAAGCAGCCCCUUAAGCCCUACCCUGUACCAGACAAUGCUGAAGUCAUCAUUACACAAAAAAUGCCUAUCAAGACAGACGAGCUAGAGAUAACUCUAACGUGGGCUGAGGGAGGGAGGCAGCAGAGGUCUGUAAAGGCCGUGUCACCCUCUGCCCUGGUGGGGGCCGGGGACACACUGCUGACAUGUGCCCCACAGGGAGCUGAGCCCCUGUCUCAGUACGUCAAUCUGGUGCUGUGUGGACUGCAGCCAGGGCAGGGACGUACUGGCUACCAGGCCACGGUCCUCCUCAGUAACCCUGCAGGCAGUCCCAGUCUAUCUCCGCAAGCUUUAGCUGCCAGUGUCCAGUCAGUGUUUGGGCUGAGGGGUGUCAAGGUGCGGCUGUUUGAAGAUGCUGCCUUAACCCAGGGGUUGACCAGUGCUGCCAGUGGGGAGAAACUUCACAAGAAAACUAUUUAUGUCACCGCCCAGACGCAGCACCCCCCUGCCUGCAGCAGCCAGUUUGAUUGGCCCGUAUGCCAUUACGUUAAUGUGGAGGGUAACGGGAGAAAAGGAACGCUUCUUCUAGAAAAUCCUAGAGGCGAUUUCCUAACUCUUGAUGAACUCCAUGCUCAAGCCUCAGCAGUAUUUGGCCAGCCGGUCAAGCACCUCCAUCUGACCAAAGCCAGCUCUAAUGUGUUGACAUCACAAGAUCUACACCAGCUGACACAGAUCCAUGGGAAAACUGUAUUUCUAUGAUCUCAACUUUAGGGAUUGUUUAUCUAAACUUUGCAGUCCCUGGGACUUUAGGAAUUGUGUUUAUCUAAACUUAGAGUUCCUGGGACUUUAGGAAUUGUGUUUAUCUAAACUUAGAGUUCCUGGGACUUUAGGAAUUGUGUUUAUCUAAACUUAGAGUUCCUGGGACUUUAGGAAUUGUGUUUAUCUAAACUUAGAGUUCCUGGGACUUUAGGAAUUGUGUUAAUCUAAACUUAGAGUUCCUGUGACUUUAGGAAUUGUGUUUAUCCAAAGUUAGAGAAUCACUGUGACUUGUUGUAAACUUGAGAUGCCAAAAGGUCCAUGUUAGAAAGGUAAACAAAAGUUCUCAGUGAUUCAUGUAGCAUUGUUUGGGUGUGGUGGUUUUUUGUUGGCUUGAAUGGUUCCAAUUGUAUGCCUUGGUUUCAUCAAUAACCCAAUGUACUGGUUUAUUUGAGGACACAGCUAUUAAAUUUACCCUAGCUACCCUAUGGGUAAUCUUUAUCAUCAAUUUAUUAACAUUUAGAUCAACUCAUCCAUUAAAUCGUACCAUUGUUAGGUUAGGUAAACAGAUGUACUCAUCACUCAUGCUCAUUGUUUCCACCUGUAUAAUCAAAAAGCUUGAAAUGAAACCACGUAUAUA